AUGGAAACCGGUUCAUUCACAGAGCGAUCUCCUGAGUUCGAUUCACGUUACCUGAAGCUGCUACAAGAACAAUAUGAGUCGGGAAGCUCAUCAGAUAGAGUUCCAACGAAAGUGGUAAUGAACAGCGUCAACUGUAGCUUGUUGGCCGCCGGAAAGGCAACGCUGUCUUCUGUGGAUGUUGGCAAGCUAGUGCGCCUUGCCUUUGGAUCAACUGUAGAGAGGAAAAGCGCCAGAGUUCACGGCUGCCGCUCAUACGUUUACUGCGGUAUCCGGAGAAAGAGUGAUCAUGAGGAAAGUCCAGCCAAACGUUCUUGCAUACAAGAGUCAUCAAAGGAUAUUACAUCACCGACCUCUGACCAUCUACUACGAAUUACACAAUUAGAAGCUGAGCUCAAACGUGAAAAGAAGCGCGGACAAGACUUGGAGGCUGAACUGCAACAAUCAAUUAUUGAGAGUCAAUCUAUCCAGUGGCAUCAACUAGAUACAGAAAUUAACGCAGAGCUGAAUGCGCUACAGAGAGCUGGAGGAAUCAUGUCAACAGGUCCAGUUGAUGCAGCAGAUGCAUCUUCACUGACUGCAGACUUUAGUUUACAUAAUCUACAUAGCCAAUUACUUACACACGCUCCCAAAAUUACAUCACUGCUUUCCUCGAUAGGCCAAACUGACACCACUACAGAACCAAAAGAUAUCUACAGCAAGUGA